AUGAUAUCCCCGUCGAGCGUCAAAGGACGGGACUUCUCCGACGCUGACUGGGCAUUGCACUGGAACAAGAUGGUCAGUAUCUGGCAUGCGACCCGUUGGAGCAAGGCAGACAGCUCAUACCGAUGUAAUAAUGUCACGGACAAUAUCUGGCGACGUUACUCGCACGCACCGAAAGAGGGACAGAAGAAGAAAGGGAGCUAUAGGGCUCUCGAUGUCGAAAGGGUUGCCGCGGCAGCUCACGGUGACCCGUCAGCCAGUAGCCCGACUCCGGAUUUUGAGACCGCCUCAGCGGGUGAAGUCUCGGGCGAUUGA